AUGAUUGACCUACUCUGUUGCUUUCGGAGGAGGGAUCAUCCUAUCCGCCUCAACACUCAGUUUCAUCUUGACCUGCAGUGGUGGCAUAAGUUCUUGUCUGAUUGGCAUGGCGUUAGUUUUUGGCUUUUUCCUGGCCUAUCUCCGGAAGCGGAUAUUGAACUUUCCUCGGAUGCAGCUGGCUCCCUGGGCUAUGGGGCCUUUCUGAGAGGCCUCUGGUUCACGGGUUUGUGGUCUCCUCUCCAAGCACAGCAGUCCGUUGCCUACAAGGAACUGUUCCCUGUGGUCGUUGCGGCUCACAUUUGGGGACACAUGUGGUGUCGGAGGCAUGUCCUGUUUCACUCGGACAAAGAUGCGGUCGUGCAUAUUUUGAAUUCAAGAACGUCCAAAAUCCCUUGCAUUAUGCAUUUAUUGCGCCAUCUUCUAUUGUCAGCUGCUAGACAUAGUUUCUCCUUUUCUUCCCAGCAUGUACCGGGGGUCAACAACCAGGUUGCUGAUGCAUUAUCUCGUUUUCAUUGGCAGCGCUUUUGACAGCUGGCUUCCGAGGCGCAGCGGUCUCCUACCUCAGUUCCCCCUCAGCUUCUGGAGGAGUUGACCUCUCCGCUUUAGAGCUCCAAUGCCAGUCCUUUUUGUGCCAGGGUUUGGCUCCCUCUACGCGUCGAUCCUACUCCACGGCUCAGUCCAAGUUUAUAGCCUUUUGUCACCAGCUCGGCGUGCUCCACUCGUCAGGUUCCCCCUGCCCGGCCGAUGAAUGGACGCUCUGCUUGUUUGCCACGUUUCUAGCUAAGACUGUCCAGCACGCAUCCAUCAAAGUUUAUUUGUCUGGCGUAAGAGCUCUUCAUAUUGAUCAGGGGUUCUCAGACCCAAUAGCCGGUUGCCUUCGCCUCCGUCGGGUUUUACGAGGGAUCAAGCGUUGCCAAGGUUCUCCUGUUGCCAGUCGUUUGCCGAUCACGGAUGACCUAAUGCUGGUUAUUUGGAACUCUCUGGACCUCGGCCUCCCCGACCAUUGCAUGUUUCGGGCUGCUUGCUGUCUUGGCUAUUUUGGUUUCCUCCGCGCUUCAGAAUUCACUGUACCAGACCUGGCUAGUUUCUCCCCAUCACUCCAUCUUAGUGUCCAAGACAUUAGCGUGGACUCCAUGGUCUCUCCAUCCUGCAUGAGAGUUCACAUCAAGGGCUCCAAGACUGACCCUUUUAGGCAAGGUUGUUACGUCCACAUUGGUGCUGGCCAUCUGCCACUUUGCGCUCUAUCGGCACUGAUGACUUAUCUCUCGCUGCGGGGCAAUUCUGCGGGCCCUUUAUUCUUGCUUCAAGACGGUCGACCUCUGUCCAGGGCUACCCUCACUGCAUGGCUUCGACAAAUUAUGGCCUCAGCCCGGGUUCCUGGUAAUUUUUCCAGCCACAGUUUUCGCACUGGGGCGGCCACAGUGGCUGCUCGUAAUGGAGUUCCAGACCAUCUUAUUCAAGCCAUGGGCCGUUGGUCUAGCAACGCCUAUCAGCUCUAUAUCAGGACUCCUUCGGCGUCGCUGGCUACACUUUCGCAGAAGCUAGUUUGA